AUGACCGUGGAAAAUGAACAGGAAAGUGACUUUUUCGCCACCAACCCAGCGCCAAAAAAUUUGCCCCAGAUCUCUGCAAAGCUCCACGAGUUUUUAGAGUUCCACCAAGAAAAUGGGAAUCUCAACAAAAAAAAGAUUGUGUUAGUCACUUCUGGAGGCACCACCGUACCAUUGGAAAACAACACUGUCAGAUUCAUCGAUAACUUUUCUGCCGGCACAAGAGGGUCUUUGUCCGCCGAAUAUUUCUUGAAUAAUGGAUAUCUUGUAAUUUUCUUACACAGGGAGUUCUCAUUAUUGCCGUUUUUGAACCAUUUUGGAAAUAUCAAUUUCCUUGAUUUAUUGCAAAUUGAAAACGAUGGCCAGAAGUUAGGUCUCGAUAAGAACAAGGUGUCGAAACUAAAUUCUGAUCAUAAUUUGUUGAAAGUUUUGAAGAAUUACAAGUAUCAUACCGCUAAUAGAAACUACUUGUCAAUCUCAUUCACUACCAUCAAUGAGUAUCUUUUCACCUUGAGAGCCAUUUCUGAAGAUUUGAAGAAUUUCUACGAAGAGAAGAACUUCAGAAUCUUGAUCUAUCUUGCGGCGGCGGUGUCAGAUUUCUUCAUCCCUCAAUCAGAGCUCCCAGAACAUAAAAUCCAAUCAAAUUUGGCCAUUCUUGAGGAUCCACAAUACCAACAAUCGCAAAAUCCAGAAGCUAAGCAAAUAGAGAUCUCGUCCUCCACAAAUGGCAAAUUAAAGCUCAACUUGGACCCAGUGCCGAAAUUCUUGAAAACAAUCGUUGAUCGAUGGUAUAACAAUUCGUUUAUUAUAAGUUUCAAACUCGAAACCGAUGAUGGAUUACUUAUUAAAAAGUGUAAGCAGGCCUUGGCUAGAUAUGACCACCAGUUGGUUAUUGGAAACUUACUUCAAUCCAGAAAAGAGAAGGUGGUAUUUGUCAACAAGAAUAUAGAUCAACAAGGAUACAAAGAAGACUGGUUUAAAUUAAAGGAAAAUGAAAUCCUUGAUGGUGUACAAAUAGAAUCUAUUUUCAUUCCUGAACUUAUCAAGUUACAUGAUAAUUGGAUUGAUCAUUUUGAAAGCAAAUAG